AUGCAAACCGCAAAGACAGAAUCAUUGGAUAGAAUUAUAAAGCUGACAAACGAAUUGCGCGUCUACCACAACGACAUUCUUAAAAAAAUCGAUCAAAGGGAGGCCGAGUUAAAACAAUUAUUAUCGGAACUUACCAAGCCUCAUGCAAAUCCAACCGCACCAUCGAUUAGGGUAUUUUCCGACUUAUCACGACAACCCAAAGGCUAUUCUCGGAUUACAUGGAAUCAAUCCGAGAAUCGCGCGCGAACUACCGAUCCUACAGGGAACCCACCACUUCCCAUCCAUAAUUUUCCGGUGGACAAAAAAAGAAAGGGCCGCGGCUCCCCUCCCAGCGUCUGUGAGGACCAAAAGACAAAAAUGGUGGAAGGAAGGAGCGAAAAUUCCUCGUUUAGGUUUAGUUCGAUGGAUAGCCUGUUGAUGUCUCUCACGAACGAGCGGCGGCGCUUCACCGCCACCUCCUACAAUUCUGAAUAUGAUCCUAAUAGAAAAAGUAUUUCUUUUAAAGGACAAAGUUCGACAAAAAAUGUAUCUUUGGGUCUGGAGGAGUCUCCUAUAAUUGUAUUGGAUGAGGAAAAUGGCCUUACCUUGAAAACAAACGGUGAGGCUUCGAUCGAUUCUAUUGAUCUUUCCCCUAUCCCAAUGCUCUCUUUCAACCAGAAUUUCUCUCUGCAAGAGGAAGAAGAAGUGGGAGAAAAAUCGUUCCAAAAUGAACUUUUAACCACUGCAGCGCCCCCAAAACGUGUGCGCUUUACCAGCCAAAGCCCUUUGGUCAAGAUGUUUUCUGUAGACCCCGGAGCAUCUGAAGAGGAAAAAGUAGCACCAAAGGGUUUUGAGAAUGAAAAAGACUUUACUAAUACGUCAAACACGUCGAAUUCGGCAGAUUCUUCGCAUUCACUGCGUGAGAGUAUCCAUAAUGUCAUGGAACAUUUAGUGAAGGUACGGAAGUCAUUAUGCAUUGACAAGGAAGGCCGCGAGAUCCAUCCACAAAUCAAAUCCUCCUGCAAAGAAGUAAACAAAUGCGAAACGCGUAAAGUGGCUCCUUCCAGUUUUCCUUCACCGCCUUUCUCCUUCAAUAUUGAUUCUAAAAAGGGUGGUAAUGACAGGGGUAAACAACAAGGAAAAGAUUUGCCCUUGAAUGAACCUUCGUCGUCUUUGAUUCAGACACCACAUCUCGACUGCAGAACGUCCAUUUCCUCAAAACCUAUUUAUCUUUCUCCUCCUCCAUUGCUAUCGACCACCAUUAUGACGGCUAAUACUAACAGUGAGGAUGGGCGGGAGGUUGUCGGAGCUCCCGAUUGUGUUUCCCCCGCUUAUCGUUCGCCGCCGCCAAUUUAUCUGCAUCGAUCUUUACGUGAAAAGAAAAGAGACGGAAACGUAUUGAAAGCAUCCUACACUAUUAAUCCAAUUAGCUAUACGGCGGAUGGAAAUAAAAUUUCAUCUUUUUCUGAUCGCGAGGUGGCCUCGUUAAUGGUAGAGAACCACAAUUGUUCAAGGGCUUCCCUAUUAGCUAAUGAGGAAAACGCGCUGUCCUUCCCCUCGUCUUCUCCUCCUUUGCAUUUACGCCGGUAUGACAAUGCGCCGUAUGUUUCCCAUUUUGGAAAAAAGAAAGGGGGAGUGGGUCAAAAUAAAUUCACGUCAAUAACAGAAUCGACCGAAGCGGGGGGAAGUAAAUUGGGCGUAACGAAGGCAGCAGGGGAAGCUUUUAGCACGUAUUCUCAUCAACCAUGUUGUACUUCUCUUAGAAAUACAACAUGUAGAGAUGGUCUACCAACCCCUGAUAUGUUGGCGGGAGGUCCGACGCUUUACUUUACCUAA